AUGGCAUCAACUCGUGAAUUCUCAAUUACUUUCGAAAUUGCCCCUCCGGCCGCUGUCCGCCCUGGACUCCCUUUCACUAUUCCCGUCAUUAUGGCCGUGCGGCCUGUGGGCACACCCGCACGGAACGUGCAGCAUCUCGUAGUCAGCGCCUCAUUGCGCGACGAGACUGGCACAAGAGCCGCAACCGGGCUGAGCGGCAGUCUGACUGCUAGUGUGCGUAGUCGCACAGAUACGGCCAUGAGCGGUUACGCCAAAUUCAGCCGACUCACCAUCUUGCAGCCAGGCAAGUACCGCCUGCGCGUGAUGCUCAGUGCUGCAUCCUACAACGGCGUCGAGACUAAAGAGUUUGUCGAUUCCGGUAUCAUCCAUGUCAAUGCAGCUGUGUCGGCUUCCCAACCUCCAUGUGAGUCUUGGUAUUUUCUUUCUCGCCUUACUUCCCUCUUUCCCCAUUGGGCAAUUGCUCUUUUCUUGUCCUACCUAUUUGAGCCUCUUGCUGACCCGUUCCGUUUUCUCGGCUCUCUAGCUCCAAUACAAGUGGCGCGGCUCCAGCGGCUGACUGCCGAGAACAUAGACAUCUCGGCGGCGGACAUUGCAGCGUGGCAACGGGCAUGA